AUGUUCGCAAUUCGAAUUCAUUCAGUAGACACAGAACACCCCCUUUUUCUCUCUCUUCCUUCAAACUCAAACCCUAGCCAUAAUCUUAACCCUAACCCUAAAUUCGUCGAGCGCAGAGGUAUAAUUCAUCUCUUCCGAGCCCUAAUCCGCCAUCCUUCAACUUCCGAUUCAUCUGCAUCAACUUCCAGAUCUACUCUCCUCUUUAUUGUAGCUGUUCCCAAUUAUUUCUCCUCUGAUGAUUUGCUUCGAUUUUUCGGGUCCCAUGUUGCCGAUAUAUCCGAAUUUAUCAUCAUUAGAAAUGAUGGUAUGGAGGAUAGGUACAGUGUGUUGAUUCGAACUUGGAAUCAGGUUACAGCUGAUGCGUUUUAUCGUAGUUUCAAUGGAAAGCGAUUUUCGCCUCCUGAGGUUGAGAUAUGCCACAUUUUAUUUGUUCUUUCAAUGGAGUUUACUGAAUUGGGAGAAAUCGCCAGCACAUCGCCUUCUGAUUAUGUUGAGCUGCCUACUUGCCCCAUUUGUCUAGAGAGACUGGACCAAGAUACUAGUGGAAUUCAGAGUACACUUUGUGAUCAUUCGUUCGAUUGUUCUUGCAUUUCGAAAUGGACUUAUCUGUCUUGCCAGGUUUGUCGAUUAUGCCAGCAACCAGAUGAUAGACCUAACUGUUCUGUUUGUGAUACAUCAGAGAACCUCUGGGUUUGCAUCAUAUGUGGCUUUGUUGGAUGUGGAAGGUAUAAAGAAGGACACACUUUCAGGCAUUGGAAAGAUACACAGCAUUGCUAUUCACUCAAUUUAGAGACACAGAGGGUUUGGGAUUACGAAGGUGACAGUUAUGUUCAUCGAUUAAAUCAUUCCAAAGCUGGUGAAAAAUCAGUGGCAGUUGACUCACAUUGCAUGUCGUAUGAUGGAGAUUGUGGUAAUUGCGGCCACGAUGAGGAUUCUGAAAUGACUGGUGUUCUCUACGGCAGCAAAGUUGAAGCAAUUACAGAUGAGUACAACCAUCUUCUUGCAACUCAGCUGGAGAACCAUAGACAGUAUUAUGAAUCUCUUCUUGUUGAGGCCAGAAGUAAAAAGGAUAAUAGUAUUGCCGUGGCUGUUGAGAAGGCUGUAACAACAAAGAUGCAAGACCUGCAGUGCAGACUGGAAAAAUACGAAGAAGAAAAAAAGGCAGUAAUGGAUAAGAAUCAUAUUUUAAUGAGGGGGCAGGAAGAGUACAAGAAAAAGAUGAAGGAACUUGAGGAAAGGGAGAUGAAGUCCCUAAGAUCGAGGGAUGAGCAGAUCAUUGAUCUUGAGGAGCAGAUUCGAGAUCUUAAAAUCUAUGUGGAAGCACAAAGGAAAAUUGGCAGCAUAACAGAUUCAGAUGGCUUAAAAGGAGGAACAUUGCUGCCUGUGCCUGAAAUGCAAUCCACUCCUGCCAAUAUAAAGAGGCGUACAAAGUCAGGCCGACAUCGUAAUUAAACUUUCAUGUUAGGACUUGCUUUUUGUAUAGAGAUAAGAUUUUCUAAAGUGACUUGUCAUUGUGAAUAUGAAACAAUGUAGAAUUUUGAAGUUCAAUCAAUGAUCACUUUGUAUGUCUUCAGAAUAUUGCUUGAGAAGUUUUUAAGUGUUGGGGCUUUAGAGAUAUCGGCUUACUCCAGUAUAAGCUUGUGUA